AUGUCUGCACAAAAGGUCGUUAUGGUCACUGGUGGCACUGGUCUGGUUGGAAAAGGUAUUGAAGCCUAUAUCCAACAACAGGGCGAUGCGAGAAAGGAUGAACAGUGGGUCUACUUGCGAUCGGCAGACGGUGACUUGAGAUCAUUGGAGCAGACCCAAGCCAUCUUUAGGAAAUACAAGCCAACCCAUGUCAUUCAUCUUGCCGCCCGUGUCGGAGGUCUCUUCUCCAACAUGAAGUACAAGGUCGAGUUCUUCCGCGAGAACAUCGCAAUCAAUGAUAAUAUAUUGGCCUGUUGCCAUGAGUUCAAGGUUGUCAAGUGUGUAUCAUGUCUGUCAACUUGCAUCUUCCCAGACAAGACUACUUAUCCAAUCGAUGAGACUAUGGUCCAUAAUGGCCCACCUCAUUUCUCAAACGAAGGCUAUGCCUAUGCCAAGAGAAUGAUCGAUGUGUUGUCUCGUGCCUACAACGCACAGCAUGGCUGCAAGUUCACUACUGUCAUUCCAACCAACAUCUAUGGUCCACAUGACAACUACCAUCUGGCUGACAGCCAUGUCAUUCCAGGUUUGAUUCACAAGACCUACAAUGCCAUGAAGGAUAACACUGACUUGGUCAUCUAUGGUACUGGUAAGCCACUGCGUCAGUUUGUCUACUCAUUGGACCUGGCCAAGUUGUUUGUCUGGGUGUUGGACAAGUAUGAGGAGUUGGACCCAAUCAUUCUAUCCGUUGAUGAGGCCGAUGAGGUUUCAAUUGCCGACGUUGCUCACACAAUUGCCGAGGCAAUGAACUUCCAAGGAAAGAUUGUCUUUGAUACAAGCAAGGCUGAUGGUCAGUUCAAGAAGACAGCCAGCAACAAGAAGCUUAGAUCACUUUACCCAGACCUGACCUUCACACCAAUGAAGGAGGCAGUCAAGGUCAGUGCUCAAUGGUUCAUCGAUAACUAUGCCACUGCUCGCAAGUAA